ACCUGUUUUGCCUUUGUGUCUUGCCAUUCCUCUGAAGAACAGAGGCACGUAAUAAAAUUCCACACUUCCUUUGCAUUCUAUGAGGCUCUGUAUGUGGCAAAUUUUACAAAGGUUCAAGAAAAAAUCCAGAUCCUUAAUGAAGAGUGGAAGAAGCUUCGUGUCCAACCCGUUCAGCCAAUGAAGCCUGUGAGUGGACACCCUUUUCUCAAAAAGUGUACCAUCGAGAGCAUUUUCCCGGGAUUUGCAAGCCAACACAUGUUAAUGAGGUCACUGAACACAGUCGCAUUGGUUCCCAUCAUGUACUCCUGGUCCCCUCUCCAGCAGAACUUUAUGGUAGAAGAUGAGACGGUUUUGUGCAAUAUUCCCUACAUGGGAGAUGAGGUGAAAGAAGAAGAUGAGACUUUUAUUGAGGAGCUGAUCAAUAACUAUGAUGGGAAAGUCCACGGUGAAGAAGAGAUGAUCCCGGGAUCUGUCCUGAUUAGUGAUGCUGUUUUCCUGGAGUUGGUAGAUGCCCUGAAUCAGUACUCAGAUGAAGAUGAGGAAGGGCACAAUGACACCUCAGACGGAAAGCAGGAUGACAGCAAAGAAGAUCUGCCAGUAACAAGAAAAAGAAAGCGACAUGCUAUUGAAGGCAACAAAAAGAGUUCCAAGAAACAGUUCCCAAAUGAUAUGAUCUUCAGUGCAAUCGCCUCAAUGUUCCCUGAGAAUGGCGUCCCAGAUGACAUGAAGGAGAGGUAUCGAGAGCUGACAGAGAUGUCAGAUCCCAAUGCACUUCCGCCUCAGUGCACACCCAACAUCGAUGGCCCCAAUGCCAAGUCUGUGCAGCGAGAGCAGUCUCUGCACUCCUUCCACACACUUUUUUGCCGGCGCUGCUUUAAAUAUGACUGCUUCCUUCACCCUUUUCAUGCCACCCCUAAUGUAUAUAAACGCAAGAACAAAGAAAUCAAGAUUGAACCAGAACCAUGUGGCACAGACUGCUUCCUUUUGCUGGAAGGAGCCAAGGAGUAUGCCAUGCUCCACAAUCCCCGCUCCAGGUGCUCUGGUCGUCGCCGGAGAAGGCACCACAUGGUCAGUGCUUCCUGCUCCAACACUUCAGCCUCUUCUGUGGCUGAGGCCAAAGAAGGGGACAGUGACAGGGACACGGGCAAUGACUGGGCCUCCAGUUCCUCAGAGGCUAACUCUCGCUGUCAGACCCCCACUAAACAGAAGACUAGUCCGGCUCCACCUCAGCUCUGUGUUGUGGAAGCCCCCUUGGAGCCUGUGGAGUGGACCGGGGCUGAAGAAUCUCUCUUUCGAGUCUUCCAUGGCACCUACUUCAAUAACUUCUGUUCGAUAGCCAGGCUUCUGGGGACUAAGACGUGCAAGCAGGUCUUUCAGUUUGCAGUCAAAGAAUCUCUUAUCCUGAAGCUACCAACAGAUGAGCUCAUGAACCCCUCGCAGAAGAAGAAAAGAAAGCACAGGUUGUGGGCUGCACACUGCAGGAAGAUUCAGCUGAAGAAGGAUAACUCUUCUACACAAGUGUACAACUACCAGCCUUGUGACCACCCAGACCGCCCCUGUGACAGCACCUGCCCCUGCAUCAUGACCCAGAACUUCUGUGAGAAGUUUUGCCAGUGCAACCCGGACUGUCAGAAUCGUUUUCCCGGCUGUCGCUGCAAGACCCAGUGCAACACCAAGCAGUGUCCUUGCUAUCUGGCCGUGCGAGAGUGUGACCCCGACCUGUGUCUCACUUGUGGGGCCUCGGAGCACUGGGACUGCAAAGUGGUUUCCUGUAAAAACUGCAGCAUCCAGCGUGGCCUCAAGAAGCACCUGCUGCUGGCCCCCUCAGAUGUGGCUGGAUGGGGCACCUUCAUUAAGGAGUCUGUGCAGAAGAACGAAUUCAUUUCUGAAUAUUGUGGUGAGCUCAUCUCUCAGGAUGAAGCGGAUCGACGAGGAAAGGUCUAUGACAAAUACAUGUCCAGCUUCCUCUUCAACCUCAACAAUGAUUUUGUGGUGGAUGCUACUCGGAAAGGAAACAAAAUUCGAUUUGCAAACCACUCAGUGAAUCCCAACUGUUAUGCCAAAGUGGUCAUGGUGAAUGGGGACCAUCGGAUUGGGAUCUUUGCCAAGAGGGCGAUUCAAGCUGGUGAAGAGCUCUUCUUUGAUUACAGGUACAGCCAAGCUGACGCCCUCAAGUACGUGGGGAUCGAGAGGGAGACCGACGUCCUCUAACCUCCUGAGCCCCGCGCCGGCGCUACGGUAGCGGCACUGUCUUGGCUUUCAUGCUCACCCACUGCUGCCCAAGUCUCCUACACCAUGUCUCCCACACUGAGAACCCCACCCCCUCCCUCUGUAGCGAGGCCUCAGCUGUGUUCAGUGGGCGCAAAACUGUCUUGGUGAGAGGGGAGACAGAGGCAGCUAGGGCUUGGUCUCUUAGUUGCAGAUACGGGAGACCGCAUCUCCGGCCUCAGAGGAAGCGAGUGCAGGCCGGGUGGAUGACUUAGGCUCCCCAGGCUUGGGCCUCAGGACUCAACUUGGGCAGUUCCUAACAAGCGCCAGCCUAGAAUUGUAGCUUUCCCAAUCAAGGGUCUUUAUAUAAUUGGGGUUCCGGGCAGAUCUCUAUGGUCCUGGGGCCUGGAGAAGACAGCCUGCAUGAAUCAUGGUCCCUAGUGCCUACUGGGGGCCUGGAUCAGAAACAAGCCUGGCUGAACUGAGUGGGGCUGGGUCGCCUUGCUACUGCCUCUCGUGGCAGUGCUCAGUGGAGAGAGGGUGGGUUCUAAGUACAGGCGUUCAGGGAUAGGGCAGGAGAGCUAGGCCAGCCUGGUGAUAAUAGCUAAGCCAGCGUGGGCCCAGGAGGCCUCAAGAAAGAUGGAUGAAUGUUUUCAGAUUCCUGGGAGGAGGUGCCAGCACCCCGACUCCUUUCCAAGCUCAGGCCUGGCGGCUGCCACAAAUAUUUUUCUACUACUGAGGGAACUCCAGGCAGGCCUGCAGGCAUGAGCACCUGGUGUGUGGGCUUUGUGGUGGUUCCAGGCCUUCCGCUUCCAUAGAGGUUAGGUCCAUGGCCAGCGUCACUUGUCUCUUUAGGGCAGGUGGGCCUGGGCCUGGGAUAGAGAGGGAAGGUGGUGGGUAUGAUCCGCUUUUCUGUCUGUAGCACCUGCUAUUUGGAAAGGGUGAGCUACGUGUCUGAAGGUGGGUGAAGGCUGAAUUGCACGUUUUGGAUGGCAUCACGUGUGCAGGGCAGACUGGCAGAGGCUAUAUGAGGGGUAAGAAGAAGCAGGCAGACCACCUGUCCCGUCUGUGGUGCCAUUCUCUCUGGGAUUCUGCAGAGCAACGCACUUUAACCAUUUCUUUUAGAACGUCUGUGGAUUGGGGUAGAGUUGGGACUGAGGUCUCUGGGGUCCCUGCCCAAAUCCUACACCUGAGGGUGGAGAAGAUGAGGGUGGAAGAGUCUCCUCCAGUUCUGUCUCCUCCGUGGGGGAGGCAGGAGCUGGUCUGACACAGGAGAGUUCAGUGAGAAGGGCCAGUGGGAGCUGCCCUGUGCUCACACUGUGUGCUGCACUGAUGGUGAGCAGCAUUGUGCUGAGUGGAGGGAACUGGGCAGGCACAGGCCAGCUUGGGAGUGGUGGCGUAGGAGCAGGCUUCUCCCUUCUUUCUGGGGACUCAGAGCCGCUCCUCCCAGUCUGUGCUGACCAUUCUCUUCCCCCCAUCCACUGGCAGGUUCCCUGUGGCCCAGCUGCCUCCUAGGGCCCAUGUGGGAUACACACACACACACACUGGCACUCCCCACACUGGUGGCACACAUGCGCCUGGCACAUGCCCAGUCCAUUCCCACAGCUGCCCCCUCCCACCUGGUGGGCCAGGCCCAACCUGAUUCUAGAAUUGCAUCUGCUGUGGUCUGUAUUCACUGUGUGUAUCAGGGUCCCCUCAAGCUGGCUGUGGACUCUGAAUUACUCAGAAAUUACAGGGGGACACAGAGACAGAUGAAGAGGAGAGUUAGGUCUGUUUGAAAUGCCAGGCACUGGCCAAAAGGAGUAGGUGGAAAAACAUUAUUCUCCGACCUUUGAGAGGCUAGACUGAUACCCCAGUCCCCCGCAGUUAGCAGAAUCACUGUGGUCAGUACCUCCUUUUCCAGUGCCAGGCCAUUGUUCCUCUGGCAUUCCUGUCCACCAUCCCUGCUGUCCCCCACCUUUAAUGACGGGUCUCAGCCCCUCCCCCCACAUGCAGUGACGGAUGGAGCGAGGUGGUGGGGACUGGGAGCAGGUUGGCAAAUGUGCAGCUUUAUUGCCAGUGAGUUUCACGCACUUUAAAGUCCUGUGGCUUGUGACCUCUAAUCUGAAUAAAAUGUUAGAAUCCACUUGGCAAACUGUGUAUGGUAUGCUUUGGAGCUGCAGGGCCCAGGGCUGUGGACCAGGAGCAGGUCGGGCUGAGGCGGUAGCAUCCUGGUCCCCACUGAGAUCUGGGGGGCUUGAUGUGGGGCCAUUCAGCCCCUGGUGGCGAGCCUAGGAAUCGGAACCCCCCCAGAGAUUUCUGAGCCCUCCGGCUAGGUCCCUCGGUCAUCCAUGUUCCCCACCGUGACCCCAGCCACCACACACAGACUGGGCUCUGCCUCUCUGCUUUAUUGGAACAGCCUAAGUCAGAGCACAGCUGGUUCAGCUCUGCCUCAGAGUGGAGGUCUGCUGGACUCCGGAGACCUUGACUCGGGAGAGAACCACACACUGGGCACAGGACAGCCAGUUGAGUUUUUCUUUUAUAUAUAAACAGACAAUUCAAAAAUUAGGUUAAUAUAUA